GCAAAGCGCCUACUUCUUUUUCCCUUUUGCUUUUUUUUUUUUCAAACAAAUCACACAAUCCAGCUGAAGCUAAAUUAUGUCAGGCUUUAACAACCAGUAUGGCAAUUCGGGCGGGUUCAACAACCCCAGUGGCGACUACAGCUAUGGCGGCGGCAGCGGACAGGGCUUCGCUUUCAGCAACACAGACGGCGGCAACAAGGGUGCGGGUUGGAUGAGCAGCAACGUUGGCGAUGACGACACGAAGACGCGCGGCGGAUACCAGAACCAGUCGCUGCGUCCAGUCACGAUCAAGCAGCUCCUGGACAUCCCGGUGGUCAACACUGACAUGCCGAUAGUGCUGGACGGCGAGGAGAUCAAGCAGGUAACAUUUGUAGGCGUGAUCCGCACUAUCACCCCACAGGCUAUCAACAUUACCUAUGGGAUCGAGGACGGCACCGGCCUGAUUGACCUGCGCGUGUGGAACAGCGACAAUGCCCAGGACGACAACGACGCCGACAUGGAGGGCGAGGAUGGCGUGCAGACCAUGCGUGCCGACCCGAAGCUGGUUAUCGGCCACUAUGCGCGCGUGUACGGCGAGCUCAAGUUCUUCAACGGCAAGCGCCACGUCAACGUCCACCGCAUCCGGCCCGUCACUGACCACAACGAGGUGACCUACCACGGCAUGGAGGCCGUGUAUGUGCAUCUGACCAAGGUCAACGGCCCGCCGCCCGCCCUGGGUGCCGGCCCCGUGAAGCCCGCUGGCCAUGGUGGCGUCACGGACUUUAUGCAGAACUCGAUGUACUCGGCGCCGGGCGCGGCGGGUGGUAGUGGAAUGGCCAGCGACAUUGGUGGCCUUAACCCGGUUCAGAUGGCUAUUAUUGCAUCUAUUAAGACCCACAGCACCUCUCCCGAUGGCGUGCCGAUUCAGACCAUCAAGCAGGUGCUGUCGGGCAAGUACCAGCCUCAGCUGGUUGUCCAAGCCAUCGAUGUGCUUGUCGCCGACGGCCAUCUGUACAACACCAUCGAUGAGACAUAUGUGCAGGCUACUGACGGCAGCAUGUGAGGGUGAAGGUGUCUUUAUAGAAAGCGUUUCAGACGUGUGCUGCGCAAAGUAAUACAUUCUCCACUUUCUGAACUCUCUUUUCAAGACAGCGGCUCCGGCACAGCCGUCUCAUUGACAUGCCUGCAGAGCCCACUUGGUGGGGGAGUGGAGCUGUGUGCGAGGUGCAAGGUCUGCCAACAGGUGGCUCGCUCAGAUUGGUGGGACCACUUUUUGAACCGCCCUCGGUGCAACCACGGCGAAACAAUAGCUGCUUCCUGGAUGCCCCUUUGCCGCUGUGUCCCGCGACGGUGCCGGACGAUGCCGCCCCAGCGCCGUGGACCGCCAGCUGCACGCCGUUUCUACACCACCAGGCUGACUCCCCUCGUUUCGAAGCCUCAGUGGCGCGCUGCACCACAGGGUGAGGGACAAUGGAUAUUUUUGGGCCUACAGCGAUCUCAAGGAACUGGCCAGUUUUCCUCCUUUUCAUUUUACUAAAGUCGCC